AUGUGGGGCUCGGCCUUGGCGCUCUGGACUGCCGCCGGCAUGGCGUGCCUGCAGAGGGGCCGCAGAGCUCCCGGGCCCGUGCUCGGGGCCGCCUGCCUCUUCUCCGUGGCUUUCGGACUGGGCCAGAGCGGCGAAGAGAACAGAUGUACCAGCUCGAAUGCAGCAACAUGUAGCAAGUGCCUGGUGCUGGGCCCAGAGUGUGGAUGGUGUGCCCAAGAGGACUUCAUGGCUGGAGCAGCAGCAAGUGAACGUUGUGACAUGGUUUCCAACUUAGUAAGCAAAGGCUGCUUGUCCGAUUUUAUAGAAUCCCCUUCGGUCGGUGUGACGAUACCCACUGGAAGUGAAGUGAACACUCAAGUCAGCCCUGGGGAGGUACUCAUCCAACUGCGACCAGGAGCUGAAGCUAGCUUUCUGCUGAAAGUCCACCCUUUACAAAAAUACCCUGUGGAUCUUUAUUAUCUUGUUGAUGUCUCAGCCUCCAUGCACAAUAAUAUAGAAAAACUAAACUCUGUUGGAAAUGACUUAUCCCGGAAAAUGGCAUCUUUUUCCCAUGACUUUCGACUUGGAUUUGGAUCCUACGUUGAUAAAACAGUGUCUCCCUAUAUUAGCAUCCACCCUGGCAGAAUCCACAAUCAGUGCAGCGAUUACAAUUUAGAUUGCAUGCCACCUCAUGGCUACAUUCACGUGCUGUCUCUGACAGAAAACAUCACGGAGUUUGAACGAGCAGUUGACAGACAGAAAAUCUCAGGGAAUAUCGAUACACCUGAAGGAGGUUUUGAUGCCAUGCUCCAGGCAGCAGUUUGCCAGAGUCAUAUUGGUUGGCGCAAGGAAGCUAAAAGAUUGCUUCUUGUGAUGACAGAUCAGACUUCUCACCUUGCCCUUGAUAGCAAACUUGCAGGGAUUGUGGUGCCAAAUGAUGGAAAAUGCCACCUAAAAGACAACGUCUACAUUAAGUCCACAAGCAUGGAGCAUCCCUCGCUGGGGCAACUUGCAGAAAAAUUAAUAGACAACAAUAUUAAUGUUAUUUUUGCAGUCCAAGGAAAACAGUUUCAUUGGUACAAGGAUCUCCUACCGCUUUUGCCUGGAACCGUGGCUGGCCAAAUUGAAUCAAAAGCAGCAAACCUCAACAACUUGGUGGUGGAUGCCUAUCAGAAACUGAUUUCCGAAGUGAGAGUUCAGGUGGAGAAUCAGAUACCAGGAGUCCAUUUUACCAUCACAGCCAUCUGUCCUGAUGGGAGCAGACAUACAGGGAUGGAAGGAUGCAGAAAUGUGACCAGCAGCGAUGAAGUUCUGUUCAACAUCACUGUGACCAUGGAUGUAUGCGAUGGAGCUGGUGGGAGAAGCUAUGCCAUCAUCAAGCCUAUUGGCUUCAAUGAAAGCACCAAAGUCCACAUCUAUAGGAACUGUAGCUGCCAGUGUGAUGAUGGCAGAAGCCCCAAACGGAAAUGUGUAGAUGAAACUCUCUUAGGUCCUACUUGUUCCCAGUGUGAUGGUGACAAGUGCUAUUUUGAUGGAGAUCAAUCCCAUCUGGACAGUUGCAAGGCACAAAAGAACCAGCCCAUUUGCAGUGGUCAAGGUGUCUGCAUAUGUGGGAAAUGUUUCUGUCACAAAACUAAACUUGGAAAAGUAUAUGGAAAAUACUGUGAAAUGGAUGACUUUUCCUGCCCAUAUCACCAUGGAAACCUGUGUGCUGGGCAUGGGGAAUGUGAAGGAGGCCUAUGCAAAUGCUUCCGCGGUUGGGAAGGAGACCGUUGCCAGUGUCCAUCUUCCUCUACCCAACACUGCGUCAAUUCCAAAGGCCAGGUGUGCAGUGGGAGAGGGGCUUGUGUGUGUGGGAAGUGUGAAUGCACGGAUCCCCGCAUCGUUGGCCGUUUCUGUGAAUACUGCCCCACCUGUGAUACAACCUGUGAUGAAAACCGGAAUUGUGUCCAAUGCUACCAUCCUCACAAUUUAUCUCAAGCUAUACUUGAUCAGUGCAGAGCCUCGUGUCCUCCAAGGGCCUAUUAUAUUGGCCAAAUAGAAGAAUGUUUCUCUAACCCAAGCCAUUUCCGAAUAUUUUUCAUCAUCUCCAUCAUCACAUUCCUUAUUGGAUUACUGAAGGUUCUCAUCAUCAGACAGGUCAUCCUCCAAAGGACCAGAAAUAAAGUGAAAUCUGCCAGCUACAGAGUGUCCACAUCAAAGAAGGAUAAGAUGUUUCUGCCAGCCGUCUGUACGCACACUGUCACAUACCGCCGUGACAAACCCGAAGAGAUAAACAUCGACAUCAGUAAAUUACACCCUCCUGAAACUUUUAAGCGCAACUUCUAAAGGAAUGGGGCCUUCAUUGGAAACCUUCUCCAUGACCAUCUCCUAAAAAAGAAGUCUUCACAUUGAGAAGUCGCAGGAGGUGCCCAAAUAUUCUUCAGUCACACCAUUGGUGGUUGAAAGUUCUGCUAGAGACUGACAUGCUUCCACAUUGUGACAUAGCCAUUGGAUGUGAUAGCUGCUGAUUUUGUGAAAGAGAAAUGUGGCUUACUACUGUUCGAGACUAGUGUUGUCCUAGCACUUUAAUGUAAUAUAUAACUUAUUUAGUUACAGCAUAGAAUGUAGAUCUGAACAGCACUGAUCUCACUUUACAGGUAGCUAACCUCCAUCCCUUUUCCCUGCUGGAAAGGACAAUGCUGUGAGAUGACUCUGGCAUCACUGCCUACUACAAGGGUACAGUCCUUUCUUGGGUUAUGUUCAUUCAUCACCAAAUUUCCAAAUGAAAAGUGGUUUUUAUUUUAAUUCAAUUAACCAGGU